AUGCUCAAGACACUUUCACCAGCUACGUUGACAAACACGGUCCGAAACGAGACUCUGGCCAUCCAUGUUUUCUGCAGUUCUCUGGUCGAAGAGAUCACUUCCCUAGCUGAUGCAGCUGGAAGAGUGAUCGUCGGAUCCAGGGCGAAUAUCUCUGGCAGCGGGCAGGAGUUCCUCGUUGAGGAUAUUGAGCCGGAGAUUUAA